AACAUACAGUAGGAGUCUCCACAGAAUAAAACCAUGAUUUCAUUGGCUGUGGAGCAGACAGAAUACUAAACAGUUCCAAAAUGUUGUUGUGAUCAAUUUUGGGGCGUCUCUUUAACAGCAUCCGUCUGUUUAUAUAAUGCUCAGAGGAAAGUCUAGGUGCUCGUAGAGCCUGAGACUGAAGGAGGUCGUGCAUGGUUUGCUGACUAUGAUUAGCUGAAAGGAUCCUGACCAGAGCUCAAAAUCAACCACCUUUCGUUCUGAGUCCUUCCCAUGGACAAAUACGGAUUGAGGCCUAAAACACCAGGUGGAAUGGACUUCUCAAAUACUUCGAACCUCAACAGCACUGUGAAAUCACAGACUCUUUUCUGCUACGAGUCUUUGAGUGGAUCGUGUGUGAGGUUUGCUCGACCCCUGAGCAUUCAGGUUCCGAUGUUCACAUCGAUGGUGUUGGCCAUACUGGUGACUGUUAUUGGGAACCUUCUGGUCAUCACCUCCAUUGCACACUUCAAGCAGCUCCAAACCUCCGUAAACCAACUGCUCGUCUCCCUGGCUGUGUGUGACCUCCUUCUGGGAGUGUUUGUAAUGCCGUGCAGUGCUGUGCGCUCUGUCCAGGGCUGUUGGUACCUAGGAGGGUUUCUGUGUAAGCUCCACACCAGCACUGAUAUUAUGCUGAGCACAUCCUCCAUCUUCCAUCUAUCCUUCAUCUCCAUUGACCGUUACUUUGCUGUCUGCAGACCACUAUCAUACAGACUGAUCAUCACCAAUAACACUGUAUUGAUCAUGAUCACCACCAGUUGGCUGGUCCCUGCCAUUUUUGCUUAUGGAAUGAUCUUCCCUGAGAUCAAUCUGAAAGGCAGGGAGGAUUUCUAUGAAACACAUGUCAAGUGCAUUGGAGGCUGUCAGGUGUUCUUUAGUCCAGUGGCAGCUGUAGUAGUAUCCUCCUUCUGUUUUUACAUCCCAGGCAUGAUCUUGAUUUGUAUAUAUUCCAAGAUAUAUUGGGUUGCCAGGGCUCAGGCCAGGUCCAUUAAAGAUUUAUCUCGUCAGUUUAAAGAGGCAGACUCUGGACGUAGAGAAAGACGAGGGGCAAAUAUUCUGGCAAUAGUAGUUGGAGUGUUUCUAAUCUGCUGGAGUCCCUUUUCCUUGUGCCUCAUCAUUGACCCUUUCAUACAGUACUCUAUCCCCCCGCUGUUGGGGGAUACCCUGGUUUGGUUUGGAUAUUUGAACUCUGCUUUUAACCCUAUUGUCUAUGCUUUCUUUUACACUUGGUUCAGGAGGGCUUUGACAAUCAUCAUCAGUGGUCACAUCUUUCACAGAGGUUCUUGUAGAUUUAGAUUGUAUUCUGAGUAAAGUUUCAGUUGACAUUGUAUGAUGUGUGUUCAAAUAAAUAUAUGAAUUAUUGUGGGAUGUAACAUGUGACAGUUAUGCAACUCAAAGUUAUAAAGCUUGAGUGAAAAUGUAACAAGCACUGCUUUUAAC